CCAAUCCACAUCGGCUUUACGCUCCUCUCCCUCUGUACAUACAAGAUUCAAGGUGUACUAGUGCUGCUCAGUUGCGUUGUUCUUGCUAGCUAGCAUCAUCCAUCUCCUCUUGAAUUCCCCCCAAACAUCAUCCGUCAGAGAAAGAGAUUGAAGAAGCCAUGGCGGCCGCCGCCGCGAUUCCCGCUGCCGCCAUCAGUCGCCCCAACCAGCGCAUCUCGCUCGCUCCCAGUCCCAGGCCGCCUUGCCCUUCCCUUUCCCUCCGCUCGGGCUUUGUGGGGCGCGCGCUGGCCACCGGGCAGCCGGUGGCCGUUGUUGUCCCGCGCCGCCGCGUGUCGGUGCGGAUGGCGUGGGACGGGCCGCUGUCCUCGGUGCGCCUCAUCGUGCAGGGCAGGAACGUCAAGGUGUCGGACAAGGUGAAGGAGCACAUCGAGGACAAGGUCGGGCGGGCCGUGUCCAAGCACUGCCACCUCGUCCGCGAGGUAGACGUCCGGCUCUCGGCCCGCGGCGGCGACCUCGGCAGGGGCCCCAAGACCUCCCGCUGCGAGAUCACGCUCUUCAGCAAGCGCCACGGCGUCCUCCGCGCCGAGGAGGACGCCGAGUCCACCUACGCCAGCAUCGACAUGGCCGCCGCCAUCAUUAAGCGCAAGCUCCGCAAGAUCAAGGAGAAGGAGACGGAGCUGCGCGCGCGCCACAUCAAGGACGACUGGGACCUCCUUCCGGAUGCCAUUAUUGCCGGCGAUGACGACCAACAACAAGAAGGCGCCGAUGCCGAGCAGGACCUGACGGAGGCCUUGGGAGCUGAGGACGAGGACACGGUGCUCACCAAGGUCGUGCGCACCAAGGUGUUCGAGAUGCCGCCGCUGGGCGUGGACGAGGCGCUGGACCAGCUGGAGAACGUCGACCACGACUUCUACGCCUUCAGGAACGAGGAAACCGGCGAGGUCAACAUCCUCUACAAGAGGAAGGAGGGCGGCUACGGCCUCAUCAUCCCCAAGGACGACGGCCACGUCCACAAGGAGGCCAUUACUGGUGCUGGUGCUGCUACUGCUGCACCUCCACCAGCAGCAGAGCCCUCCUACGCCGCCGCCGUGCGCCGGGGCGACAACAACUAGCCAAGCCAUGCCACCAGUUGCCUCGCAAACUCGUCGACGAUCCAAAGCCAUGUCAUCGAUCUCGAUCACUUGUCCUGUGCUGUCUCACAUUUUUAACUCUGUUCGCGAUUAUCAUGCCUGCUAAUACGUCCUUCCAUGUCCAAUUUGUACAUGUGCCGCGCUCUUUUUUUUCUUCUUCUAAUUAUACAGUGCAACAUAAACAGGCAUACACUUACAUGUAUGAACGCACGAGCAUCUCUGAAAACUAAAUUGGUAAAUUCUUAAGAUUGA